AUGCCUGCCCUUGAUUUGCAGCCGCUAGCGGCCGAUGAUACCAGAAUCCUCGGCCAGGAUCCUCUGAUCCCUCCCGCUCUGCUCUCCUCUGAGCUUCCCAUGACCGAUAGUGCCAUUCAGACCGUCAUCAAGGGCCGAAAUGAUGCUGCCGAUAUCGUAAUGGGCCGCAGUGACCGACUCUUAGUUGUCGUCGGUCCUUGUUCUAUCCACGACCCUGCUGCUGCUCACGAAUACGCCGCCAAACUCAAGGUCCUCUCCGAGAAGCUGUCCGACGACCUCUGCAUCGUCAUGCGUGCCUACCUCGAGAAGCCCAGAACAACUGUUGGCUGGAAAGGGUUGAUCAAUGACCCUGACAUUGAUUCAUCCUUCCAGAUCAAUAAGGGCUUAAGAGUUUCUCGUCAACUCUUUGUCGAGCUUACCUCUGGCGGCAUGCCUAUUGCCAGCGAGAUGCUGGACACCAUCUCUCCUCAGUUUUUGGCUGACUGCAUCUCUGUUGGUGCCAUUGGUGCCCGAACCACCGAGUCUCAGCUGCACCGUGAGCUGGCCUCCGGUCUGUCUUUCCCUGUUGGGUUCAAGAAUGGAACUGAUGGAAAUCUUGGAGUUGCGAUUGAUGCCAUUGGCGCUGCCGCCGCCAAGCACCACUUCAUGGGAGUUACCAAGCAGGGACUGGCUGCUAUUACUCGCACCAAGGGUAAUGAGCACGGCUUCGUCAUCCUUCGCGGCGGAAGCAAAGGUCCCAACUUUGACAAGGAGAGUGUUCAGGCUGCCAAGAAGUCCUUGUCAGACAAGGGCCAAAAACUUGCCAUUAUGAUUGACUGCUCCCAUGGUAACUCCCAGAAGAAUCACAACAACCAGCCCAAGGUCGCAAAGGUCAUCGCAGACCAACUCAAAGAGGGCGAGAAGGCCAUUGUCGGUGUCAUGAUUGAGUCUAAUAUUAACGAGGGUAACCAAAAGGUUCCUUCCGAGGGCCCCUCCGGACUCAAACGUGGCGUCAGCAUCACUGAUGCUUGCAUCAACUGGGAGAACACUGUCACCGUGCUUGAGGACCUUGCCGCGGCUGUUCGAACAAGACGUGAAGUCAACGGCACCUCCCCUAACGAGGAGGCCAAGGUUAGCAUGCUUGAGGAAGAUUAA